AUGCUCUCGUCCCAUGCUGCAUGCACUGUUUGGUGGUCAUUCAUCGCAACAAUCGUCGUAGCUGCCACGGCGUCAGUUCGGAAAUUUCAUCAGAUCGACUGGCUCGCCUGGGCUGGCUUUAUCAGUAUAUUUGUGGCCGUUUUCAUCGUGGUGGUGGCAGUCACUGCCCUCGACCACCCUGCUGCUGCUCCUCAGACUGGAGAUUUUGAUCUUGGUUAUCACGUUAUCGGACACCCAACCUUUAUUGCUGGCAUGACAGCUUCAGCAACGAUAUUUGUUUCCUCCGCCGGAACCUCGGCAUUCUUGCCUGUCAUUUCGGAAAUGAGGAGGCCAAAAGAUUUCCGAAAGGCACUUUUCACCUGUAUGGCAAUCGUUCAAAGUGCUUACCUGAGCCUUGCACUUGUUGUCUACAGGUGGUGUGGACAAUGGGUUGCGUCGCCAUCGCUAGGAUCUACAGGCCCAACGAUCAAAAAAGUAUCAUACGGUAUCGGAAUGAUCGGAUUAAUCGUUUCAGCAACUUUGUAUUUGCACGUUGCAGCGAAGUACCUCUUCGUUCGCAUCCUGCGGAAUUCUCCCCACUUCCAACAGAAUACAAUGGUGCAUUGGGGAACUUGGCUCGCAUGUAUGGUCGGCCUCUCCUCGAUCAUUCCUCCUGGCUGA